AUGUCGUUUUGGAAGGAAAAUUCCAACCUUGAAGCUUGCUCAAAUUGUAACCAUUCAAGGUGGGCAAGCAACGAGGCCGGAGUUCCAAAAAAUAUGAAUGCUCCUUCCAAGAAGGUAAAGAAGAAAGCUGCAAAGAUCUUAAGGUGGUUCCCUUUGAAGCCAAGGUUGAAACAAUUGUUUAUGUCUCCUGAAGUAGCUCCCCACAUGAAAUGGCAUGUUGAUGGUCGUACAAAUGACGGGUUAAUGAGGCAUCUUGCUGAUUCUGAAGCCUGCAAGUCAUUUGACUCUAAGUAUGUAGAAUUCUCAUCUGAGCCUUGUAAUGUUAGACUUGGAUUAACAGCCAAUGGAUUCAACCCAUUCUCCAAUAUGAAUACUGCUCAUAGUACUUGGCCUGUCAUGUUGGUCCCAUACAAUCUCCCUCCUUGGAUGUGUAUGAAAAGGGCUUAUUUCAUGUUAUUACUAUUGAUUCCUGGUCCAACCUCUCUUGGGAACGAUAUAGAUGUGUACUUACAACCCUUAGUACAAGAACUCAAGGAAUUAUGGGAUGUUGGAGUAGAAACGUUUGAUGUGUCUUCCAAUAGCUCAUUUCAAAUGCAUGUAGCAUUGUUGUGGACUAUAAAUGAUUUUCCAGCAUAUGGUGAUAUUUCAGGAAGUGAAAUCAUUGCGCAAACAGAAGAUGUGGUUGAUGUUGUUUUUGGGAUGAAAAAAGUUAAUUUGACGAAUAAGAGAAAAAGAGGGGAGGAAGCCUUGUGUAUAUGGAAGAAGAGAAGUAUAUUUUUUAGCUUGCCUUAUUGGGAAAACCACAUGUUGCGUCACAACCUUGACGUGAUGCGUAUAGAAAAAAAUGUGGUUCACAAUGUAAUUGGCACAAUGUUAAACAUGGAUGGAAAGACGAAGGAUAACUUAAAGGCACGCCUUGACUUAGAAGAAAUGGGUAUAAGAAGUGAACUUUAUCUUGAGGAGCUUGGUAGUGAUAAGACAUAUAAGCCACGUGCUUGCUUUGAAAUGACUACUAGUGAAAAAGAUAGUUUUUUGCAAGUUUUGAAGAGUGUAAGUGUGCCGGAUGGCUAUGCUUCAAAUGUAUCCCGUUGUGCUAAACUUAAAGAAUGCAAGAUUUCUGGGAUGAAGAGCCAUGAUAGUCAUAUCUUGAUGCAACAACUUUUUCCAAUAGCUAUACGUGGAUCUUUGCCGGAUGAAGUGAGCAAACAUUUGAUUGAGUUAUCUUGUUUCUUUAGGGAAAUAUGUUCCAAAGUAUUGAGUUUGGAAGAUCUUGAGAGUCUUCAGAAGAGAAUUGCAGUGACAUUGUGUGAAUUGGAAAGGAUAUUCCCUUCUUCUUUCUUUACAGUUAUGGUACAUCUACUCAUUCAUUUGACUGAUGAAGCCAAGAUUGCUUGCCCAGUUCAUUAUUAUUGGAUGUAUCCCGUAAAGUGGUACUUGUCACGAUUGAAGUCCUAUGUUCGAAAUAAGGCUUGUCCAAAAGGUUGUAUUGUAGAAGGGUACUUGGCAGAGGAGUGCUUAACAUUCUAUUCACGAUAUUUCAAAAAUGUCGAAACUAUCUUCACUCGGCCCAUAAAGAAUGUUGAAGAAUCUACAGGUGCAGUGUUAAGCAUCACCUUAGAUUCAAAAUCAUGGACCCAAGCACAUCGUUAUGUGUUAUUCAGUUGUGAUGAAAUUACCCCAUUUCUCAUUGUGCACAAAGAUCAUUUAAAGAAACUUCACCCAAAUGUAGCUAAUGAUGUUAUUGAAAAGAAACACAUGGAGAGAUUUUGUCACUGGUUUAAGUACCAUAAACUUCCUGAAAAAGUUAUAUGGCUUGCUCGAUAUCUAGAUAAUGAAGUUAAAUGGUUUAAGCGUUAUGUUCUAAAUGGAUUGAAGUUUCACACUAAAGAUUCUGAGGCAAAUAGGAAAACUCAGAAUAGUGGAGUUAGUGUCACCACUGAAGGUGGCGUUACUUACUAUGGUGUCUUAACUGACAUUAUUGAGUUAAAACAUUCUAAGAAACUACAAUAUGUAUUAUAUAAAUGUGAAUAG